AUGGCAGCCAAUAACUCAGUUAAUGGCAGUGAAUCCUCAGUGUACACGAUCAGUGAUCGGGUCAUUUUAGUUCAAGUUUUUGUGUCAGUUUUUCUUUUCAUCAACUUUUUGAUGAUCACAACUUUCUUUAUGAAAGAUUUCUUCUACACAACUGUGCGCUACAUCUUAUUUGCUACAGCACUACUGUCUGAUUGUCUGUUUUUAGUCAUGACUGAUAUCCUGCUCAUUAUGUCCUAUUUUCAGUAUACCAUAAAAAUGUGGUUGUGUCUUAUUAUGUAUAUUGUUUUGUCUCUGUGCAAUUUUGUCACACCAGUUACUCUGACAGCAAUGACUCUGGAGCGCUAUGUGGCAAUAUGCAUGCCCCUGCGCCAUGGACAGUUGUGCUCCACACACAGAGCUCUGCACUGUAUCCUGGUAAUUCAUGGCCUCAGCUGUGUACCCUGUAUUGUUUACCUCUCUAUUUUCUUUGCAUUUACGACCCACAGCCUCUAUACCAAGAGCAGACUGUGCUCAGUGGAAGUGUUCAUCUCCCACAAGUGGCAGGGUCAUCUUAGGGCAGCUAUAAGUCAGUUUUACUUCUUGAUUAUGUGUAUUGCUAUUGUUUUCUCAUAUGUUAAAAUAAUGAAAGUGGCAAAAACGGCAUCAGGAGAGAAUAAAAAGUCAACAUGGAAAGGGCUCAGAACAGUAAUUCUUCAUGCUUUCCAGCUGCUGCUCUGUCUCAUCCAGCUGUGGUGUCCAUUCAUAGACGCUGCCGUACUUCAGAUUAAUUUCAGGUUAUACAUUAAUGUCAGGUACUUUAAUUACAUUACUUUUAUUCUUGCUCCGAGAUGUCUGAAUCCUCUCAUUUAUGGUGUCAGGGAUGAAAAGUUUUUUCAUGCACUUAAAUGCUAUGCUCUCUGUGGCUUGUUUAAGAAACAAUCAUCAUUUAUUUGA